UGCGGACCAAUGUGCGAUGUCCAGUAGGCGCUCCUCCCAGUUCGAGACGGGGGCAGCUAUAGUUCUCAUGGUGAACGGCAUCACGGGCAGCGUCCGGGAGACCACCAUGAACGACCUGCGGCUGGACUACGGGCUUCGCGUGUUGGAGCCGGGGGCCGAGCGGCCUGACAGCGGGCAGGGGUCGGACAGCGGCCCGCCCAGCCCGCGCCUACCGCCCGGUGCUCACGGGGACAUCGACGAGGCGAUUUCUCCGCUGCAACUGUCACAUGACAGCCGCCUGGCGGUGCGUAGCGGCACGGCACCGCUGACCCCGUGGCCUGAGAAGGACCCGGAGCCGGGCCCACACGUCCGGAGCGACUGGAGACCCGGCGCCUGGAACUGGGUCGGGUACGCGGCGGGUUCACGGGCCCAACCAGCAGCGGGACCGCAGCCCCAACCGCUGGCAAUACAGGCGGCAGAGCUGCAGGCUCAACCAAUUGAAGUACAGGUUCAAAAUUUAACUUUCAAAAUGUAUUGA